AAACCUGCCAGAUACAAGCAGUUUACUGUCAGUCUCAGUCCCGUUUAACUUGAGAGUUAAGAAUUACAACGAUUUUUCUUUCAAAGAUGUUUCGUUUUUGUUGGUCGUCCUGUUGCAAAAAGAAAUCAACAACUGUAGAUGUACUGACAAGUGGCUCUCAGAGAAGUGUCUCUGUCCUUGAUAUUCCUGAUGCUGCCACCAACAACAAGGAUGAAGGGACACCGUGGAGGUAUCGACUCUUCGGUCGCUCCCUGAAAAAGCAAAGUGUCGUCACCUCACAAAACAACAAAACCACUGAGUCAAAAAAGGCUCCCAAGUUUCAGUGGUGGCACUGUUGCAGGAAAAGAAAUCAGGUCGCACCAGCUCCUGAAGAGCAGAGGCCAAAUGUACAGAGCCCGGAACGGCAGAGCCCGGAAUGGCAGAGCCCGAAGGUGGAGAGCCCGAAGGUGGAAAGCCACUCCACCACCUCCCACCUGGACAUGGAGGUGGAGUUUAAAGGCCUCACAGAGGAAGAGGAAAACAUGUCACUCCUUCCGGCUGUGCCCAAAAAACAGAUAGAAUGUGCCCUCUCCACCCCUAAGACACUCAGACAGCAGCUGAUCAAGUAUCUUGGGUUCCCCAACCCAACACAGAUAUGCUAUUUAAACUCCUGCCUGCAGAGCCUCCUGACACUGAAGGAUUUUGUUAAAGCCAUCAGUCGUCAGGAGGAGGUCUGGAGGUUGAUCCCCGAGGCUGCACUUGUGAGAUCAUUUAUGGCCAUCAAAGUGUCUCACUUCUCUGGCGAUGCAAGCCAUAAAAUUCGCCUCCUCAAUGCAUUCAAGAUGACGAUUUGGUCUCCAGUGUUCUGGGAUCUUCACCAGAAGGAUGCUCAUGAAUUCCUCACCUCCAUGCUGGAGCAGAUAAGAUCUUUGAGCCCACGGCUUCAGAUGAUGGCAGCCAGCCUGGGCAGAUCUUACAGCUGUCCAGUGGAAGAUCACAUGGUGUUUAAAAUGGUUAACACCAGGACCUGCAAGAGGUGCGUUGUAGGAUCCAGUAGAGAGGAGGAAUUUACAAACCUCUCCCUGGACCUGGUACCUGGAGGCGGAACCAUGGAACAGAUGCUUCAGCUUUACCUGAUGGUAAACACCUCCCCUCAUUCAUUCCCACUAGAACCGACUGAGAUGUUGUGA